UAAACCUCACUUGAUUCCGCUACGUCGAGCGCGGCGGUUGUGUGCGCGCAACUUUCUUUCCGUCUUUCCUUCGGUGGCGCCCCAUAAGUGAGCAACAGCACCCAGAAACAUCGCCGAACAAAGCGAAUUCCAGAGUGGAUGGACGACGGCGAUCGGCGUUUUAACGGUCACUGAAUUCGAAAUUUCGUAGCCGUGCGUAAGCGGCAACGUAAGCCGUAAGGGGAAUGCCGUAAUCCGCAGUCGGUAAUCCGUGAUCCGCACUCGCAGUCUCUGCCUCAACCCAAAUCUCGGCAUCCGAUUCAGUCUGAGAGACGGUCCCAAAGACAGCGGUCACCGCGUCGCUCCGCUUCCGUUCGGUUUUCCUUCUCCACCUCCGAGAUAUAUUUUCGCUUCGAUUCGGUCCCGCCGCCAGGUGUAACACGAUACAAAAAAAGAUGGCCCAACCUAGUGCAAAUAGUGUGCAAUUUUUUAAAUAUUAAGAAAUUCACUUUCGAAUUUCGGAGCUAGCCAAGUGCUACUGAAGGGCUAACAAUCAAAAAUUUGUCUUGGAUACGAAUUCAAAAUAAUACUGCGAAGGAAGCGAAAUCUUGGAUAUUGCGUUGAACGAGAAACGAAAAAAACAUAACGAUGACUUGCGGCAUAUCAUGUGUCGACCGGACACUAAACAAAUCAUUCUACCACCUGGGGAUCUGCAUAGCCAAGCACCCCGGGUACUUCAUCAUCAUCCCGGUGCUGCUGACGCUGCUCUGCAUGACGGGCUACCAGCAGCUGAAGUACCAAAUCGAUCCGGAGUACCUGUUUUCGCCGAUCGCGGGCGAGGGCAAGACGGAGCGGGCCAUCGUCGAGCAGUACUUCAAAGUGAAUUAUACGCACCGCUUUAAUGUCGGGCGCAUUACGAGGCCGGGUCGCUUCGGGCGAGUGAUUGUGGUCACCAAAGACGGCGACGAAAACAUGAUUCGGCGCGAGGUGUUCCAGGAGCUGCGCCAGCUGGACAACCUCAUCCAGAACGCAUCCACCACCUACGAUGGCGACACCUACACGUACAAGGACAACUGUGCCCGGUGGGAAAACGAGUGCUUCGAGAACGACAUCCUCAAUCUGGACGCUCUAAUGGAUGAUAUAGAGGCAGGGCAGCUUAACCUUACGUUCCCCUUCAUGUUCAAUCCGGUCACCUGGGAUGCCCACCUAUUCCCCGUGUUCUUCGGCGGCACCAAACUGACUGAAGACAACCAUGUGAUCAGUGUGCCUGCCAUCCAACUAGUCUAUUUCGUGACCGCUGAUACGAAGCGCCAGGAUGCCAAGGGCGCGGAGUGGGAGGAAACCUUCCUGAGGGUGGUUGGCCAUGCGGAGAACUCUGGCCAGUUCAAGCACAUCUCAGUCUCUUACUUUGCAUCUCGAACUCUGGACCACGAACUGGAGAAGAACACCAAGACAGUAGUGCCCUACUUCAGCUCUACAUUCCUGCUCAUGGGACUUUUCAGUGUUAUAACCUGCAUGAUGGGUGACGCCGUGCGGUCGAAGCCUUUCUUGGGUCUCAUGGGAAACGUAUCAGCCAUUAUGGCCACUCUGGCAGCCUUUGGCCUGGCCAUGUACUGCGGCAUUGAGUUUAUUGGCAUAAACUUGGCAGCUCCCUUCCUAAUGAUCGGUAUUGGCAUCGAUGACACGUUUGUGAUGUUGGCAGGAUGGAGGCGCACCAAGGCCAAGAUGCCGGUGCAGGAGCGAAUGGGUCACAUGAUGUCAGAGGCGGCGGUCUCCAUCACCAUCACCUCAGUCACCGACUUCAUAUCGUUCCUAAUCGGCAUCAUCAGCCCCUUCCGAUCGGUGAGGAUAUUCUGCACGUACUCGGUCUUCGCUGUCUGCUUCACGUUCCUGUGGCACAUCACCUUCUUUGCUGCCUGCAUGGCUAUCUCCGGGUACAGGGAGCGCCGCAAUUUGCAUUCCAUUUUCGGGUGCCGGGUCCAGCCUAUGUCGGUGGCCAUCAAAGAGAAGCGCAACUUCCUCUACAAGGCGAUCAUGGCAGGAGGCAUCGAUCCCAAUGACCCCGACAAUCCCAUCGACAACAAGGACCACAUGCUGAUGGCUUUCUUCAAGGACAAGCUGGCCGCGGUGAUCAACAACAAGUGGUGCAAGGUGAUCAUCAUCCUGGCGUUUGCCAGCUACCUUGUGGGCGCCUGCUAUGGAAUCACCCAGAUCAAGGAGGGCCUGGAGCGGCGCAAGCUCUCUCGAGAAGACUCCUACUCGGUGGAGUUCUUCGACCGCGAGGAUGACUACUACCGCGAGUUUCCGUACAGGAUGCAGGUUAUCAUUGCCGGACCCCUUAACUACUCGGAUCCUUUGGUGCAGGAGCAAGUGGAGAACUUGACCAGCACUUUGGAACACACCUCUUACGUGACCUCUCGGAGGUACACCGAGUCUUGGCUGCGCUCCUUCCUCUCCUUCCUUGAGCGGAACAACGAGCUGCUGAACGUGACCUUGGACGACGAGCAGUCCUUCAUCGACGCCGUGAAGGAGCACUGGCUGUUCCCUGGCAACCCCUUCUCACUGGACGUUCGCUUUAACGAGGACGAGACCCAAAUCAUCGCCUCCCGAUUUCUCAUCCAGGCCGUGAACAUCACGGACACCAACCACGAGAAGGAGAUGGUGCGGGAUCUGCGGAAGAUCUGCAAAGACUCGCCCCUGAACGCCUCGAUCUUCCAUCCUUACUUUGUAUUCUUCGACCAGUUUGAGCUCGUGCGGCCCGUCUCGGUGCAGGCCAUGGUGAUCGGAGCCCUGAUUAUGAUGGUCAUAUCCUUCAUCUUCAUCCCGAACAUCCUCUGCUCUUUGUGGGUGGCCUUCUCGGUCAUCUCCAUCGAACUGGGCGUCGCUGGCUACAUGGCCCUGUGGGACGUUAACCUGGACUCCAUAUCGAUGAUCAACCUGAUAAUGUGCAUUGGUUUCUCGGUGGACUUCACCGCCCACAUCUGCUACACGUACAUGUCCUCGAAGAAACGAAACCCCAAGGCUCGGGUCCGCGAAGCCCUGCACUCCCUGGGUCUGCCGAUUGUCCAGGGAUCGAGCUCUACGAUCCUGGGUAUUGUUGCCCUUCUGCUGGCCCAGAGCUACAUCUUUCUGGUGUUCUUCAAGAUGGUCUUCCUCGUGAUCUUCUUCGGAGCCAUGCACGGACUCUUCCUGUUGCCCGUGCUGCUCUCUCUCUUCGGACCUGGCUCGUGCCUCACAUGGACAGGCCAGGAUGACGGCAGCGACGUCGAAGUAAACGACAGCCUGGACGAGAAACAGCUGGAGAAGCCAUUCUCCCAGUCCUACUACAUGCAGUACCCCACCAUGGGCAUUAACGGGCCCUACGGCUCCAAGGGCUUCCUUGGUGCUCCCUACAAGGCGUACGGCGUCGACGAGAAGGACCUGGGUCUAGGAACCUCCGGCGAAGACUCCUCGGAGAGCAGCUCCAGUCGCUCGCAGCGGCGCCAGCAGCAAGCCGCAGCUGCAGAAGAAGAGGUUGUCGCCCGCGACUCCCCUCGGCGUCGGUACGAGGACGGGUGGCGCCGCUCCUCCUACCAGAACAUCUACGGCCAAGGCGGAGCCCAGUUCCAAGCCCAGCCCGAUCUCUACGGUCAGCAGGUGUCGGCAGCCGAGUGGCGCCAGCGCCUGGAUGCCCACGAGCAACAUCAGCGUCAGCGGCAGCGACACAGCCCCUACGACGGUUACCCCUUAGACAUUGAAAUUGAGAUGCAGCGCGCGCGCCGGAACUCUCAUGGUGACAUAAUCGACCUCCACGGCACUCCGAACUCCUCUGUGGACGAGCGUCUCCGCCGCCAGGCAGAGCAGUUCAGCGCCGGCAGUGGUGACGACAGCAGCUACCGCCAACAUAAGGCCAUGCCAGCGCCGGCGACAUCUUCCGGCCCGCCCUCCAAGCGGUACCACCGGCGACGGUCCUCGGAGGACCACCACCAGCGCUGGCCGGCGAACAUUGAAGAGCGAAGGGCACGCCGCACCCAAUCCCCCGCCAACCACCGACCAGAGACUGCCACGCCCAGCUUCGCCUACCGCUCCUCGUCGCACCACAACCUCUACCAGCCGAAUGGCAAAGGAGCAAAGCAGCCCCCCACUUACCAGUACGGCGACUACUACCACUGAGGGUGGAGCCCCACUCCUGGUGAAAAUAUUCAGAAUACUUUAAACGAGUUGGGUGGGUAAAAAUUCCAAGGGAUACAUUUUCGACUAAGUCCAGUAAUUCCGCUUCCGAGACCACA